AUGAUACACAAAGAUAAAAGAAUGAGUAAGUCAAAUGCUAGGGCGUCCCCCUUAAGCGACGUGGAUGCAAUGGAAGCCAGGAAUACGAGUCAUGCUAGGGCGUACCCCAGAAGCGACGGCCAUGACAAGAACCAACGUUCGCACCCAAAAGUUUUUGACAAACUCAGACUUGCAACAUGGAAUCUCGGCACAUUGACUGGGCGCAGCAGAGAACUAAGUGAAAUCCUGAAGACUAGACUAAUUAACGCCUGCUGCAUACAGGAAACGAAGUGGAAGGGGUCAAAGUCUAGGGAUAUAGGCAAUGGAUUCCAGCUAAUAUACCACGGAGUCGAUACCAAGAGAAACGGAGUAGGUAUCGUACUAGACGAACACCUGAAGCAGAGAAUCAUCAAUGUAGACAGGAAGAGCGAUAGGCUAAUAGCCAUAAAACUAGCAAUGGAUGAUCAGCUACCAUUCAACAUUAUCUCAGCAUAUGCACCACAAACCGGCUGUUCCGAACAAGAGAAACUGGAUUUCUGGGAGGACUUCGACGAUGUUAUGCAAAGCAUACCCAUAUCAGAAUAUAUCCACAUUGGUGGAGACUUGAAUGGGCAUGUUGGAGAACAAAACACCCAGCACAGCGCUGCUCACGGAGGGUAUGGUUCUGGCGCCGCAAACCAACAGGGAGGUGACAUCUUAAACUUCGCAGUAAAGCACCAAUUAAAAAUUAUAAACACGUGCUUCCGAAAGAAACCAGAUCAUCUUAUUACCUAUAAAUGUUCUAACCACGAAACACAAAUCGACUUUAUCCUCGCCAGCGACAACAUCCGCAAGCUUUAUAAAGACUGCAAAGUGAUCCCAGGAAAUGCGCUCACAUCACAGCACAGGUUACUCGUCGCAAUUAUGUGUCUACCGAAGCGCAUACGUACAUACGUAGACAGAACAGAGAGCAUAAAGUGGAAGGAUCUACACACCUCUAAUGGACUACGGUUCUCUGAGUGGGUACACAACUAUGUGACUGAGGACAUUGAGACCGAAAAACCGGCAAACCAGAGGUGGUCUGACUUCGAGACCCUUUGUGUCGAGAAGGCUAAGGCGAUCAUGGGAAUAUCACGUGGCGCACUACGUCAGAAUAAGGACGCCGCUUGGUGGAAUGAAAGUGCUAAGGAUUUAAUAAAAGCAAAGCGAGAUGCAUUUAAGGUGUGGCAAAAAUCAAAACUAGAAGAAGACCGGCUAGAAUACAAGAGUCUAAAGAAGACUGCCAAAAUUGCAGUAGCACAAUCCAUGGCAAAAUCUAGACAGAGGCUCUAUGAAAAACUUGAAAAUGCAGAAAAUGAAAACUCGAUCUAUAAAAUAGCUCGCCAACGCCACAAGUCCACCCUUGAUAUUAAAUACCCAAGGUACACUUCUAACAGCAAAUAG